ACCGGUUUGGUUACAACAGCCAAAAGACAUGUGGCCAACACUGGGGCUUGCACUUCCAGUCACAGACUUAGAGCAGCGCGCUGUGAAGGUCAAUUUUGCAACGGCCCCAUCCGAAGAUUUUCUGGAACGGUUCUCCAAGUUGGACAAGGCUCUGCAGGUCCUUGCGUACGUUUUACGGUUUAUUCAACGCUGCCGCAAGUUGCCGAGGGGCCCUGCUGAUCGGCCUACCAAGGAAGAGGUCCGAGAAACUGAAAGAGCCCUUAUUCUAUAUGCUCAGCGGGAGGAAUAUGCCCAAGAGAUUAAAUUCCUAAACGAUAAGCGUCCAAUUCUAGUCUCCAGCCCGAUAGUCAACCUGUUUCCAUUUCUAGACCAGCGAGGCCUUGUAAGGAUAUGUGAUCCCAUUACCGCCUCAACGGCCCUUCAGUACAACGAGAGGCAUCCUAUUAUACUGCCAUACAACUGUAGCUCGCCUGCUCGCCUUUUUUCACAACAGAUUUCCCUGCAUGGCGGCAACCAACUAGGGGUACGCCUCAUCCGAUCGAAGUAAUGGAUUCCUAAAAUCAAGAAUCUGGUGUGGACUAUUUACAAGAAGAGAGUACA